AUGAAGAUUAUUGCUUGCUUAUUAUUAUUUAUUCUUCUAGUUAAAUAUAUUGAAUCGAUAAAUCCGAAUCGUACGUAUGUAUUAGUAUCAAAUGGAAGAAUCAAUCAAAAUGGAUUUUAUGGAUUUGACAUAUUUGAUUCAAAAGAAAAAACAUCUUUAUAUCGAUUAAGAGUUUCGUCGAGUGAUAUUGAUAUUGCUAUACUUGUUGAUUAUCCUGCAAAAAAUAUAAUGGCUAAUCUUGAAGGUAUAUGGAUAGAGUGGAAAGUUAAUGUUACAUUUUCUGUUUAUGAUUGCAAGUUAAAUAAAUAG